ACCCUGUACAAACAGGUUAUUACUUACUGCUUUGAGUCAUACUAAUUCACUUGUGGAGCCUCUUCUUGUAACUUGCAUAUGAUACAUUAUUUAAUUCCUGGUGGAGUGAACAAAUGCAAACAGUUUGGCUUUACGAUGUGAUAUAUGCAUGGCAAAUGAAAAACCUCAAAAUGUUAAUAUGAAUCAGGAAGUCUUUUUUUAAAACGUUAAUAGCUGUGGAUGCAAAACUGAUAACUAAGGGGUUUCAUUUUUAACAGCAUCGCUACAAAUCAGACCUGAACUUCAUGAAAGGGGUUGGUUGGAUGGCUCUGAGAUCUCCGCAGAUAGAAAGUGUAAAGAAGGCUGGAGAGCUCAUCAGCGAGACAAAGUACCGUCAGAAGCCAGAAAGCUUGAAGUUCACUGCUGUGGUUGACUCUCCAGAUUUGAUUCAUGCUAAGAAUAGCUACCUCCAGUGCAGUGAUAGGCUGUACAAGGCUGGAGACUCCGAAGCCAGGCACCGGUACACCCUGCCUCCCGAUCACCCAGACUUCAUCCGAGCCCGCCAGAAUGCUCUUCAAAUCAGCGAU